ACUAAUUACCACCACAGCAUUCCUAGUUUACAGUCGUUGAAUCUGCUUAGUGUGGUGUUGGGCCCCCACACAAAUCCAACAUCAAAAUUCAAAACAUUGGAAUUCUCCUUCUCUGGCACUCGUGUUCCACUUGCACGCGCUCUCAGUCUCUCACCCUAAUAUGCUGCCUUUGCAAUUUUGCAUCUCAUCUUAUUAACUAAUAAUGACAUUUAAUUUAGCUAGCUCCAUUAGGAACCCGGGAGGAGAGAUUGCAAUAUGCAUGCUUCUCUCCUCUUUCAUUCAAACACCUGUCCCCUGAUUAUCUUCUUCCCCCUUUACUCUUUUAUUUUUUGUUCAAUCACAUUCAAUCUUAAAAUUGCAUUGGUCAUUCCCUAAUCCCAGAACUAGAGCCCCACUUUCCCUUUGCUAAACUCAAUUUAAGAAUGAAAGAUCCGGAGAAGAUAAUUUGGGAACACGCUAGGAGCCCCAAAUCCGGCACCCCUCUAGGUGGCGCCGCCGCCUCACAGCACAGAACAUUGCCCAAGCUUCUGGUUCUGCUUAUCCUCUUCGUUUCAGUCACCUACGUCGUCUACACACUCAAGCUCCUCACCACCUCACGUGACUGUCACGAGCCCCCAUUCUCCACCCACACCCACAUCCUCUCAGGAAUAGGACUAACCGCAAUCCCCACCAUCAAUGCCACCGCCUCCACCCUCAGGCUCUUGAACCGCACCUCCGCCGUCACUCGCCGCGAAUCUCGGGAAACCGCCACCGACCAGACACAGCUCCGCCACGUUGUCUUCGGGAUCGCGGCCUCGUCGAAGCUCUGGGAGAAGAGGAAGAACUACAUCAAGCUAUGGUACAAGGCGAGCGAGAUGCGCGGCGUGGUGUGGCUGGACAACAAGGUUAGCUCCGGCGGGAUGGGAGAGGGGCUGCCGCCGGUGAGAAUCUCGGGCGACACUUCGAAGUUCUCGUACACGAACAAGCAGGGACACCGUUCGGCGAUCAGGAUCUCGCGGAUCGUGUCGGAGACGCUGGCGAUGGGAAUGGAGAACGUGCGGUGGUUCGUGAUGGGGGACGACGACACCGUUUUCGUGACGGAGAAUCUAAUUAGGGUUCUGAGGAAGUACGAUCACAACCAGUUCUACUACAUUGGGAGCUUAUCGGAGAGCCACCUUCAGAACAUAUACUUCUCUUACGGCAUGGCCUACGGCGGCGGAGGGUUCGCCAUCAGCUACCCUCUGGCGAAGGCCCUCCAGACAAUGCAAGACCGCUGCAUUCUAUGAUGUGUAUGGAAACUUGUUCGGGCUCCUUGCAGCUCAUCCCGUGACUCCAUUGGUGUCCCUGCACCACCUUGAUGUGGUUGAGCCCAUCUUCCCCAAUGUGAGUCGCGUAGAAGCCCUUCAACGGCUUACGGUACCAAUGAAGCUUGACUCAGCAGGCCUCAUGCAGCAAUCCAUCUGCUACGACAAAUCAAAGAGCUGGACCAUUUCCGUUUCAUGGGGUUUCGCGGUUCAGAUAUUCCGCGGCGUGUUUUCGCCCCGCGAGAUGGAAAUGCCUUCAAGAACAUUCUUGAAUUGGUAUAGAAGAGCAGAUUACACGGCAUAUGCAUUUAACACGCGUCCAGUUAGCAGACACCCAUGCCAGAAGCCUUUUGUGUUUUACCUGUCAAAGGCAAGAUUGAAUUCCACAACACAACAGACACUGACUGAAUAUGAGAGGCAUCGCAUUCCUCAUCCUGAAUGCCGCUGGAAGAUGGCUAAUCCCGCUUUUCUCGACAGAGUGGAGGUAUAUAAGAAGCCAGAUCCACAUCUAUGGGAUAGAGCUCCAAGGAGGAACUGUUGCAGAGUUGUCAAGUCUUCUAAGAAGAAGAAAGGGACAAUGGUGAUACAUGUGGGUGUGUGUGGGGAAGGUGAGGUAAGCGAAGCAUAGUUCUGCCGUGUGGCUCACGCACUCAUAUACUAUACAGUAUUUAAAUUCUCUCAUUGGGUGGCUAGAUCUCACGUGAAAUUUUAGUUUUUUCCACCCCUUCACUGAUUGGGAAAAGCAGGAAACUUUGUACAAAGAGAAGAGUUUUGUUGUUUAAACAACAAUGCGCACCAGCGAAUGGGGGAGGGAGAUGUUUAAUUUGUAAUUUAUAAUUUGAUUAUUGUUAUUAUCAUUAUUGUUUAUUGUUAUUAUCAUUAUUAAACAACAAUGCGCCAGUAUACCAUUUAUAUACUUAGUUUAAAUUAUGCUUUCUUGUCGAAACGGAAAGUCAGAAACAGCUGUUCCUUAGUACUCUCCUUAACUAAUUCGAUCAUC